AUGUCUAACGAACCCACCAAGUCGCUAAAGUUCUGCACUGUAUGUGCGUCUAACAAUAACAGAUCGAUGGAGUCGCAUCGAGUCUUGCGUGAGGCAGGCUAUGACGUCUCCUCGUAUGGCACAGGCUCUGCAGUACGAUUGCCCGGGUUAUCUGAAGACAAGCCAAACGUUUACGCGUUUGGGACGCCUUACAACGAUAUAUAUAACGACUUGCGGUCCCAGUCGGUAGAACGCUACCGUUCUAACGGGCUACUUGAGAUGCUAGAUCGCAACAGAAAGCUCAAGAAGGCACCUGAAAAGUGGCAGGAAGGGUUUAAAGUAUUUGAUUUCGUGUUUACGUGUGAAGAGCGCUGCUUUGACGCUGUUUGCGAAGACCUAAUGAACCGCGGCGGGCAACUCAACAAGAUAGUACAUGUUAUCAAUAUAAAUAUCCGUGACGACAACGAAAACGCAAAAAUUGGAAGCAAAGCCAUUUUGAAGCUGGCCGACAUGCUAUCCCAAGAGACUGUGCGCUGCGAAAAAACAGGCGAGCCGUUGGAAGACUGCAUUAUCUCGCUGCUCGCUCAAUGGCAAGAAAUGUAUCCGCAGUUGCCACUGCUUUAUUCGCCUGCGUACUAUUAA